UUAUAAAUCACAUGGUUGUAAAGUUACUCGGAAGGUGCAUGAACUAAGUAGGAAGAGAUAUGCAGGAACAGGGGAACAAAAUUAGAAGGAAAACUCAGUAUGGUGCUACCGAGUCACCAAAGCUACAAGAUCACCAGGAGGAACAGGAGGAUCAAACCUACUUGGAUGAGAAGAUCGCUAUUCCAGAUGUUGGUGGGUACGGUUUCAGUUUCAGAAAGCUUUGGGCUUUCACCGGGCCAGGAUUCCUCAUGAGUAUUGCCUACCUGGAUCCAGGAAAUAUUGAGUCAGACUUACAAUGUGGCGCUGUCGCUGGCUUCCAACUGCUCUGGGUCCUGCUUUGGAGCACAAUUUUGGGUCUGCUUUGCCAAAGGCUGGCUAUCCGGCUUGGGGUAGUUACAGGCAAGGACUUAGGAGAGAUAUGUUAUCACUAUUAUCCCAAGGCCCCACGUGUGCUGCUCUGGAUUAUGAUCGAAAUUGCUAUAAUUGGCUCUGAUAUGCAGGAAGUGAUUGGAACAGCAAUUGCUUUCAACCUGCUUUCAGCUGGACGUAUCCCUUUGUGGGGUGGAGUCUUGAUCACAAUUGUGGAUACCUUCUUCUUCCUCUUCUUAGAUAAAUAUGGUCUUAGGAAGUUAGAAGCCUUUUUUGGCCUCCUCAUUGCUAUCAUGGCAGUAACAUUUGGUUAUGAGUAUGUGGUUGUAAACCCUGAUCAAAAAGAGGUGCUGAAAGGCAUGUUCAUUCCUUACUGCAAGAACUGUGGACACGAGCAGCUUCUGCAGGCUGUGGGUUUGGUUGGAGCGAUCAUUAUGCCCCAUAACAUCUAUUUACAUUCUUCACUUGUCAAGACCCGAGAAGUGGAUCGUGCCAACCAGAAAGCAGUGAAAGAAGCAAAUAUGUACUUUCUGAUUGAAUCCACCAUCGCACUCUUUGUUUCCUUCCUCAUCAAUCUCUUUGUCAUGUCUGUGUUUGGCCAGGCGUUUUUUCAGCACACCAACCAGGAAGCGCAUGAUGUCUGUGCCAAUCAGAGCUUAUUCUUGAAUCAGAGCAUUUUCCCCAACUUUCCUGAAAACAAUGAGACUGUGACUGUGGAUAUUUUCCAAGGGGGAAUUAUCCUAGGAUGCUACUUUGGGCCCAUUGCUCUCUAUAUCUGGGCUGUUGGAAUCCUUGCAGCAGGUCAAAGUUCAACCAUGACAGGAACCUAUGCAGGACAGUUUGUUAUGGAGGGUUUUUUGCAACUGCGCUGGUCUCGCUUUGCCCGUGUGGUCUUCACUCGUUCCUUUGCCAUUCUUCCCACUGUCUUUGUUGCUGCCUUCAGGAACGUAGGAGACUUAACAGGCCUCAACGACCUCCUAAAUGUACUCCAGAGCAUCCUGCUACCUUUUGCUGUCAUACCUGUUCUCACUUUCACCAGCAUGGAACCUCUCAUGAAGGAUUUUGUCAACGGGAUCAUUGGAAAAUUUCUAAUGAUCCUGAUCACUGGAUUAAUCUGUGCAAUCAAUUUAUACUUUGUGGUGACCAGCAUCAUAACCUUGAACUAUCUGGCCUACUACAUUGCCAUAUCAUUCGUGCUCCUCGCUUACGCGGCCUUCGUCUGCUACCUGAUUUGGACCUGUCUCAUUUCACAUGGAGCUGCCUUCCUGGCUCGUGGGCCCCAUACUCGGUUCAGUUAUGGACUGCAGUGAUAAUACAUCCCACUCAUCACCACUGGAAGCUGAUGAAUCAUCACUAUGUCUCCCCAACAAAACAGGAAGCAGCUGCUCUUGGGGAACUGCCAGGAAGCAAAGGUGUCAGAAGCAGAGUUUCUGUUGGCAAAGGAUGGACUCAGCAUCAGUAAUGAUCACUCAGCACAGUGCCUGCUUUGCAGGCCAAAAGUUCCAGGGACAAUUUCUGGCAUUCCUAAAGAACCUUCAGACUUGGAAUGGCUGUGGUGUAACUUCCAGAGACGUUUCAAGACUUGAUGCACUCUUGUUUUUGUUUGUUUUUUUAAAUUCUGACAACACGUAGCAAGUUAGGGGGGAAAACAGUGUAAAGAAAGAACUAUAAAGUAUUCUAGAUACUCAUGAUCAAAUGUACACACCUUCUACCAGCUUCAGACCCAGAUCAGCUUUGGGUGGAACAUCAAGACAUCCAUUUUAAUAAUGGUUGGGGAGCAGUCCUUUUUGUGGGGGAGGUGAGUUUAGGAGCUUAAGGAAUGGGGGUAAAGACAUGAACGUUUGAUUCCACCAUUGGUGAGGCCACAAAGGAAUGCUGGAAGAAUCCACACAUCCCUUUGUUUCUACCUCUACACCAUUGCUUUAGACUUUCUCCUUCCAGUUGCCUACUCUGGCCUGUGACUCUCUGUGGGAAAUCCAUCAAAGUAAGAUGCACCUAAUAUUUAUGCUGCAGAAUCUGGCAGCUAUUCCUUCUUUGCACCCGUUUUAAUCUAAAGCCUACUAUCAGAGCCUAUAAGACAACUCCACAAGCCCACACUCUGGUCAAGGAUCCACUGUAGAUCAACCAUCUCGUCUCACUUUCUCCAUGCUAUUGCUGCUUGACUUCUGCCCUCAGGAUGAACAUAGUAAUGGGAAUGACAGAUGGAGUAAUGAAUCAUGUUAAUUAGAACAGGUGGGGGGGGGUUGAUUCAGUGUGUGAAUUCACACAUUAUGUCAAGCCAUGACUUAUUUAACUAUGGUUUAUUGAGUAAUAUGACAUGUUUGUUAUAUAUAUAACAUGAUAUAGGAUUUGCAAAUGUUGUGUUUACACAGUACACCAAACCAAAGCAAAACAACCACUGUAUGGUUUAGUGUAAGGGAUUGAAGAAGGUAUCGGAUUCUCAAAGCCUAUGACAAAUGCAAUUAACAUAAUUUGGAUUGCAAAGUUUCUUCCCCAUUUUAAGACACUUCAGUUCUAGCAGUUCCUUUUCAGAUCAGUGUCUUAGUUUAAGCUCUGAUGCGGCCAUGGCACUAAAACAUAGAGGUAGUCCCAGUGGUGGGAUUCAAAAGUUCCCACCACCAGUUCUGUGGGCGUGGCUUUGUGGGCGUGGCUGCAGGGGUGGGAUCGUGUGACUUGCGCAACUCGCAUGACUCAUGUGACCAUGCACACGCCAAACACGAUCCUCUCUCUGUCUCACCAAGGAGAACAAUUGCAAGAACACAGGAGU